AUGGAUCACACUACGAUCGCCGCCGCCGCCAUAACAAGCGCCGCCGCAAAGAAAACAAAGGGGCGGCAGAAACUGGAGAUGAAGAAGAUCGAGAAGAAGCCCAAUCUCCAGGUCACCUUCAGCAAGCGCCGCAAGGGCCUCUUCCGCAAAGCCGGCGAACUCAGCGUCCUCUCCGGCUCCGAGAUCGCGAUCCUCGUGCAGUCGCCGGCCGGAAAGAUCUUCGCCUUCGGGACACCCACAGUCGACGCCGUCUUGGGCCGUCUUCAGGGAGUCGACUGCCAGUACCAGCCUGUGUUCGAGCGGGCGGAGGCCAUGAGGCUGAAGUACGAGGAGGCCGUCAGGAAGCUGGAGGCGGAGAAGAGUGCCAAGGCGGAGGACGACGGCGGGUCGUGGUGGGAGAGGAAUUUUGAGGGCAUGGAUGUGGCGGAGCUCGAAGAGUACGCGGCGGCUUUGGAGAGUUUGAGGAACGGAGUUUUGAAAACGGUGGAGGAUCUCGGCUGUGUUGCUGCCCAGGAUUUUGGGGGUUUAGGAUUUUUGGAGUAUAAUUUUAGUGAAGAUUCAUAA